CGGUCAGCUGCGACUUUGAGCACACGGGAGGCGGGACUUCCUCCGGGAUGCGUGUGAUUGAGUUGUGGAAGCGGAAGUGGAGGGCUGCAGCUCUUGGAAAAAAAACACAGAAGCUGCAACAUUGUGUUGAGGACUGGGAGGCGCCGAUCUGUCCGGGGAACCCGAAUCAGCGAUCCACCAGCACCGGAGCACCAAGAACCGGGGACGAGCAAGUACCUCGCCCCCCCAAAACGACAAAGGAGAGCGCUGCUGACCCGAGACAUCAUCAGCACCAUCGGAGCAGACAGACAGACCGACCGACACAGCGGGGUGUUGACCCGUGCACGGGAAUCUGCCAGGGUGCCAUCAGUCUCAGCAGCUCCGGUGAGGAUGAGUGUGGGAGACUCAAACCCGGCCGCAGUGCCCAGCCCAGUGCAGGACGUGCAGGGGGACGACCGGUGGAUGUCACAGCACACCCGCUUCGUUCUCGAGUGCAAAGACAAGGAGCCCGAUGUUCUGUUUGUGGGGGACUCCAUGGUGCAGCUGCUACACCAGUACGAGGUCUGGCAGGAGCUCUUCUCUCCGCUCCACGCGCUCAGCUUCGGGAUUGGAGGCGACACCACGAGCCACGUGCUGUGGAGGCUGCAGAACGGAGAGCUGGAGAACAUCACACCCAAGGUGGUGGUAGUCUGGGUAGGAACCAAUAAUCACGAGCACACGGUGGAGCAGAUUGCCGGGGGGAUCCAGGCCAUCGUACACCUGAUCAACACAUGCCAGCCGCAAGCGAAAGUGGUCGUGCUGGGAUUGCUGCCCCGCGGGGAGCGGCCGAACCCCCUGAGAGAGAAGAACGCGGAGGUGAACCGUGUGCUGCGCGCCUCCCUGCCGCGCCUGGGCAGCGUGCAGUUCCUGGACGUGGGCUCCGGGUACGUGCAGUCCGACGGCACGAUCUCCACCCACGACAUGUUCGACUUCCUGCACCUCACCCCCGCGGGCUACGCCGCCAUCGCCAAGCCCCUGCACGACCUGCUGCUGCAGCUACUGGAAGAGACCCCCGAGGAGAGCCGGCCCAUCCUCGCCUGAUUGGAGCAGGGGAGACACGCCCCUUCAAGGAUUGGAUCGGAGCUUAGUUUGUAGGAUAGAGGAGGUUACAUGAUUAGCUAACACAGUUGUGGCUGCAAUGGAGAGUCAGUGUUGUGUAUUAAUUGGGUAGCAAACACAAAAGAAACUCUAGAAUAUUUAGGACCUCCUCUAGUCUAUGAAGCAAAUACCAAAUGAGAUCCGCCCUCCACUGAUACCAGUCUCAUUGGAGGAGAGGCUCCCUCUGGCCUCUGCUCUGAUUGGUGGAGAGGUGCUGCCCCUCAUUCUUGUACCCUCACUGGUGCGACACGCUAUAUUCUCCCCUGGGCCGCAUUGCCAGGUUCGUUGUGAACUGAAGCAGUUGGGGAACAUUUUUUUAGGAGGGAGGGGCACUUGAACCUCCUCUGAAUGUGCACCUGCUUCUUCAGUUCAGAAUGAGCUCUCUGGGGGAGGAGCCCCGCCUCCCCCUGGAACAGCAGCACAGCGCCCCGCCCUCGCAGCAUUCCAAAGCUCUCUGUUAUUCCUUUCAGGAUUUGUACAUCUGAAAUAAUGAUUGUAUUAUCAGGAUAAUGAUUUUCUUCUGUUUUUAUUUUUGAUGUGAUAAAUCAUUCUAACCCUGGUCCUGAGAGUUGUGCUGAGCUGUAGGAGAGAUGGGAGAUCGUAUGGAGCUUCUUAUUUAGACACUCUUGUUAAUUCAGCUGUCGCAAUCCUGUCCAAGUCUCUAACUAGACAAUUUGACCCAUUCCAAUCCCAACUAAUAGUUAUUGACACCUGUGUCACUGCAUUGUACAUAUUGACUCCCUCCCUGCUCGCUUGGUAUUGACUCCAUAUGGACCCCUGAAGUGUAGAUGUUGUAUUCCUGACCGGCCAGUAACUUUUCUGGACACUAACUGGAGCUUGUGACUGGUUCCCAGUUACAGUUUGUAAAUAUUGAGUCUCCCUGUGCACUUGCUGUCUGCCUGCUCCCCCUCCCCAGUCUCUGGUUGUUGAUAUUGACCCCCUUGAUUGUAUAUUUUAGCUCACACACUGUACAUUGACCCCCUGAUCUGAGGUGUUGACCCUCUCUCCCGCUCAGCAUAAUUCUGCCUCGGGCUCUGCAGGCGACUCCUUGUUCAUUGAGAAUCCUCUGUGCCAGAACAGAUCUGCUUUCCUCGCCCUCUCGUCUCUCUCAUGCCAGUGCUGUCGAGUUAAUCUUCAUCUCAGCGCUCUGUUCUUCUAGAGAGCUAGCUGUUGUUACUCGUACUGUUCCUAACCAGAAAAUGUGGGUCCCGUUCCCCGGUGACUACAGCAGAACAGGGGCUCCCCGUUGACUACAGCAGAACAGGGGCUCCCCGGUGAUUACAGCAGAACAGGGGCUCCCCGGUGACUACAGCAGAACAGGGGCUCCCCGGUGACUACAGCAGAACAGGGGCUCCCCGGUGACUACAGCAGAACAGGGGCUCCCCGGUGACUACAGCAGAACGGGCUCCCCUACAGCAGAACAGGGGCUCCCCGGUGACUACAGCAGAACAGGGGCUCCCCGGUGAUUACAGCAGAACAGGGGCUCCCCGGUGACUACAGCAGAACAGGGGCUCCCCGGUGACUACAGCAGAACAGGGGCUCCCCUACAGCAGAACAGGGACUCCCCGGUGACUACAGCAGAACAGGGGCUCCCCUACAGCAGAACAGGGGCUCCCCGGUGACUACAGCAGAACAGGGUCUCCCUCAUGACUACAGCAGAACAGGGGCUCCCCGGUGAUUACAGCAGAACAGGGUCUCCCUCAUGACUACAGCAGAACAGGGGCUCCCCGGUGACUACAGCAGAACAGGGUCUCCCUCAUGACUACAGCAGAACAGGGGCUCCCUGGUGACUACAGCAGAACAGGGGCAGGGAGUGUCUGGGUCUCUGAGCUUCACUAAUUAAAGAAGUUUUGUAGCUGAUGCUCUGUGCAUCGUUUACUGAGACACAGCGCCCCCCUGCUGCUCCCCCCUGUAACAGACCCAGCUCUGCGUGACUGGGGAAUGGGCUAGCCUCACUGCUUUACUAUAACCUGUACCUCAGUCCACAGUGCACAGCACCAUUUGAAACGUGAUGCAGGCUGAUAAUACUACUGUCUUUGUAGACUGUGUUGUGAGAUCAAAAUGAUCGUCAUUAAUAGUGAUAGACAGCUCGUUAGAUUAUGCAAAACUCUGAUGUGGAAUGUUUUGGCUUUUCAGUCACGAUGCUGAGACGUGUGCACUACUGAUCCUCGACUGAGUCUUUCUGUGUUUAGAAAGUAUUACUAAUAUUGUUAUUGUGUCAUAAAAGGGUUACACAUGUACACUAACCAUACAGAAUAUCUGCAUCAUUGAAUUAUAUUCCUGUGUGAUAGAGUGACGCAACAGCUUAGCAUGGACCAGGAGAGGGGAACUUACAGGGAGACAGCAGAGUGUGUGUGAGAGAGAGACAGACAGAGAGAGGAACUGUUACAGGGAGACAGCAGAGUGUGAGAGAGAGAGAGACAGAGGCAGAGAGAGGAACUGUUACAGGGAGACAGCAGAGUGUGUGAGAGAGAGAGACAGAGACAGAGAGAUGAACUGUUACAGGGAGACAGCAGAGUGUGUGUGAGAGAGAGACAGAGACAGAGAGAGGAACUGUUACAGGGAGACAGCAGAGUGUGAGAGACAGAGACAGAGCGAUGAACUGUUACAGGGAGACAGCAGAGUGUGUGAGAGAGAGCAGAGAGAUGAACUGUUACAGGGAGACAGCAGAGGUUGUGAGAGAGAGCAGAGAGAUGAACUGUUACAGGGAGACAGCAGUCUGCCUGCACUCUGCUUUCUUCCCCUGUAUUCAUCGAUUGGAAACGUACCCAGUCUGUCCCCACGCAGGCGAGUCUGGGGGUCUGGGUGCUUGCAGUGUCUCUCCCCACAAGGCUGGCUGAGAGGAGGAGAGCGCUGCAUCCUGGGUACCUGCUUGUGUAGUUUAAGCCUUGCGUAGAUUUAAUUCUACACAUCCCCGUCUGAAUGUACAGGUGAUUCGAGAGUAAGGUUACCACAUCAAUGACAGGGUGAGCUGAUGUGUUAAACUGACUUUCUAAUCACCCAGAGUCUGUGUGUGCUGCCUGGGUUUGUCGUAGCAGAGUAUUCAAAUAAAAACAAGAACCAGUGGAACAGGA